UGUACAUCAUAUUGCUGUCGUAAAUAGAGAUAGUAAACACAUCCCGAGUGAUGCCGAAGAAUUUCCCCAGAUUUCGGGCCCGGAUUAUCUUCCUCGUUCAAAUCCCGAUCAUGAUCCGAUCCUAGUCAAUAUUCUUUCUCAAUCAUUGAUUCGAUUUUAUAUCAACAGAUAACUUUCCAAUCACAUAAUGAAUUCUUUACCACGAAUGUCGAGAGCUCUGAGUAGCAAAAAUGCCAAUUGGAUAUGUACAUCAUGUGCGAAAUCAAAGCGAACAAAUACACCAUUCUUCAAACCUUCAAUAAGCAGAAGUAUCUCCAAUAAUUCAACCCCUCGAGGAAAUGUAGCACCAACGAUGGAGCAAUUGAGAGCGCCAUUCUCACAAAAGAAUAGUUUGACUAUGUACUAUACACUCAGUAUUAUUUUAGGGACUGUGGCCUUCUCGUAUGGCUCUGUGCCAAUGUAUAAAAUGAUCUGCCAAACUACAGGAUGGGGAGGGCAACCGAUCAAAGCACCCGGACAUGGCGGCAGUGGUGUAGAGGGAGAAGAUCCAUCCGAAAGACUUAGACCCGUCACUUCUGCAAAACGUAUACGAGUAACCUUUAAUGGUUCUGUUUCGGAUGUUCUACCAUGGAAAUUCACACCACAACAGAGAGAAGUUCGGGUUUUACCAGGAGAAACGGCAUUGGCAUUCUACACUGCUACGAAUAAAUCUGAUGAGGAUAUAAUUGGGGUGGCAACUUACAGUGUGACGCCUGGACAAGUGGCUCCAUAUUUUAGCAAGAUUCAAUGUUUUUGUUUCGAGGAGCAAAGAUUGAAUGCUGGGGAAACGGUUGAUAUGCCAGUAUUCUUCUACAUCGAUCCUGAUUUUGUUAAUGAUCCGAAUAUGAGAGGGAUUGAGCAGGUUACUCUGAGUUAUACAUUUUUCAAGGCUAGAUAUGAUAAGAAUGGGCAUCUGAAAGCUAUGCCUGUUGGUAUGUAA